AUGUUUUUGUCAAGUUCAGAAUAUAACUCAAAUGAUUUAUUGAAUUCAAAUCGUAAAUCAUCCACUUUAUCAUCAUCAACGUCACCAACGACAAUGCCAACAUCUUCAUCAUCAUCAUCAUCACCAUCAUCGUCUAUACGUUUUCGUGGUAAUAAAUUUGGACGUCUUAAAACAAAAUGUUUAAACCUCAAUAGAUAUCAACAAAAUUAUUCAUUAUCUAAUAAUCGUUUACAUUUAUGUAAUAAACCAAAUCAUUUCAAUUCAAUAAUGACAACAUCUGCAUUGAAAGCUAUUCGUAGAUCAACAAUAAAUCUUCCUAAUACUCAUUGGUCAAAUUUGUCUUUAGGAUCACAAAUUACAACAACAACACCAUCAUCAUCAUCAUCAUCGCCAGCAUUUACAUCAAUAAUAGAUCAAAAAUUAAAGUCGAAUUUCUUAACUGAUCUACAAUUUCCUGAAAACCAAUAUAAAACAAUACUAAUGGAUUAUUUAGUUGUAUUAAAUCCUGAUGAACCACGUGAAAUAUUUAUUGGUGGUGUACAAUCUGUUGCAUUACCAUUAUGGGCAUAUUGUAAAUGUUUAACAAUGGUACGUGGUGAACCACAUGAAUUAGGACCACGUUUAUGUUUACGUCUAUUACAAAGUUUAUUUAGUUACAUUAUUUAG